UAAAUUUUGAAGGAUCUUGAAAUUUAGAUUUCAAAAAUCAAAAAUUAGAUUUUUUAAUUUCAAAAGAGUUUGGACUCUCCACAUCAUUAUUUUUCCUAGGAAAGCCUCCAUGCUCGACACUGUAUACAGUUUCCUUCCAUUUCCCCAACUCCUUUCUACAAUACUUCUUACUUAUAGAUUGCAGCUGUAAAAUCUUGCAAUUUGUAAUACCAAAAAUGAAACUCGUUUUAUUUAUUUCUCUUUCAUUAUCAAGCCUGCUGUUCAAUAAUUCUUAACUUAUUCGAAAGAUUUCGAACGAAGACUUAAGGUCGCAUCGUUUAACACUGUUUCAUAAGUUCGACCAAUUUAUUGAACAUUUCUUGCAUCGAUCGCUUAUUCCAAAUAUUAGCUUUCAAAACUACCAGUAAUCUAAAAAAAUAGAAACUAUCCGUUUCUUUUUGAUAUUGCUAGAAAUUUUUUAGAGUUAGAAAUAUACAUGUUUAAAAAGAAAAUGAAAAAAAAAAAAUAAAUAAAAGAUAAAAAGAAUGGUAUACUACUUUGUAUAAGCAUGUAAUCUAUUCAUCUAUCCUUUAAAGGGAAUGAAAAAUUUUUCCAUGGUCUCUAGUCAAUUCAACGCGCAACAGAAUUUCCAUGAACCUAUUUAAAAGGUUUCCUCGCACUUUCAUUAACCAUCGAACGAUGGAUAGCGGGAUAAUCUUUCCCGAUCUCGUCCGAAGUUCUGAUUCUCCAUCUGUAUAGUUCUAUCUAAUAAUAUUAUGUAUAGCGCAAAACAGCAUACUAAAUAAAUAAGAUAAUAAUGGCAAGGAUAUAAAGAAAAAAAAAAAUACAAUUUUCUUUUUUUCUUUUUUUUUUAAUCGUUCUCAAAAAUUCUGGAUUGGGUAAAAAAGAAAAAAAUUGAAAACUCCAGCUUUUGGUUACGAUUAAUUAUGCUCAAAUACAUGCAACAAUCACUGUUGAAAAAUGACUAUGCUAAUCUAAUUAGACAGAGCUUAUUGACCACGGUGUCGUUAGCUGAAAGUAUUUUAUACAUGUAUGUAAAUCCACGCUUAUGGAAGAAUGUAAUGUUACAUUUGAUUUUAAAUGCUUCUUAAAAUCGAAAUAUUUAACAUAUAGAAUCUCAAGAUAUUUAAUAUAUAGGAUCUAUAGGAUCACGUGUAUUUCCGAAGUAUAUAGUAGCAUACAAGGUUACUGUACCAUAGUGGUUAAUAUGAUUUAAUGAAAAUUCAAAUGUAAUUCUUCACUCUCUUUGCUGGUACACUUACAUAAAAAUAAUUAUACGUAAAGGCUCUUAUUUAUAGAGCUGUGUAAAUAAACUCUUUUGUGUCUCUUUAAGAUUCGUUCAGAUUUAUAGAUAAUUGUCGAUAGAUAAAUUAAAGACAGUGUCUAUAGGUGUGGACAAGCCUCUAAUGAUUCGAAGCUUGUACUGAAAAUUUUUCUAUCGCUUGAAAUUUUAACCCUUCUCGCUAGGUUUAUGUACAGUAUCGAGCAUGAUGGACCUCUCUAGGUAAAAUGUAGAAAAAGGAGAUUGAAUUUUAUAAUAUUUGAUAAUUAAAAACUGUAUUAAUUUUUUCGAAAUUGAUCUUCAUACAGAGUUCAAAAAACUAAUCAGUUUUUCCCUAGUAAAUCUAUCGCGAACAGUGAGCUAUUUUUCCUUUAGAUUUUCCUCCAGUUUUCGUAAAAUUCACCAUGCUCGGUACUGUACACUCCUUCAUCGAUAUAAAGUUAUUAUUUAUAGCGGUUCUCGCUUGUUUCUACAUUUAAUUACCUUAUAAAUUUCAAACUUAGAGGCACCAUUACGAAACUUAAUGAAUUCAUCUAAAAUUUAAAUUAAUCACCAGCAGUGACAUAAGUUAUCAGGUUGAGAAAUUAAUUAAUUAUUUUCCACGGGCCAAGAAUUUCAAAUUAUUCAUUUAACAUUCUUCUAUAUAUAAAACUAUCGUGUUAAUUAUUGAAAUUGAAAUUUUUUAAAAGAUUUCCUUUCAGGCUAACUUUUACUUGUUAAGUAAAUAAGAUCAAUCACAUCGAGCUUGUAUGAUUCAAUCGCACGUGAAAGUGAAAAUUUAAAUUAAUUAACACUUUAUCAUGUCUCACUUAUAUGAAAGUAAUAUUAAAAUAAUUAUAGCAACCCAGCGAUAUUUUCUGUGAAAAUAUGUUCAUUUAACUGAAAUUUGUAUGUUGUACAAAAUUGUUGAAUAAUAUGAUUCUCGUUUGUUUCUUGAAUACAAAUGAUUAAGAAAAUGAGUAGAAAAACAAUUGAUGUAUGUAAUACAUGUGUAAAUGUCACAAUAAAAUCGUAUACAUCGGCUUAUGAUAGUUGAAUGGCCUCAAUGUCACACAAUAAAUCGUAAUUUAUAAAAUUGGCAAAUAAAAUAAAAUUCUUCAUGUUUUCCGUCUAUCCCAACGUCCAAAUGUAAUUAAUUAUAGUGCAUUCGACCAAAAGAAAAAUUGUAAGGAAAGUGGUUAACGUAAGGAAACUUGUUUGAAAUCGUAAUUGAUUAUUGAGGAACCAUUGAAACAACCAGUCUUAUUACUCUCGAUCGAACAAUGCUAUGUAAUUAACACAUUUAGCAGGGAUGUCGUCGUAAAAUGGUAGACGUGGUGAAUGAAUGGGGGUGGCGUUAUAAGAUGACACCCGGCUGAACGUGUUAAAAAGAGAAAAUGUGAGGCUGCAAUUAUUAAUUUAAUAUCUCUAUGUCUAUUCCUAUGUGUAUACUUUGUUAUACUUUAACACGUUUUAAACUUUGUUGUAAAAUUAUAACAAUAUUGUUAUGGGUCAAAGUGAUCCUGUAUCCGACUAUCGUAUCAGUCUUCUGUCUUACAAAAGGAAACAAUCAAUUACGAUUUAUCACUCUUGAUUAUCGCUUAGACCUAAGAAUGAACAUUGCAAAUCAGGCACGAAAUGAAAUACUAAAAUAAUUGAAUAAUCAAUCAGUAUGGUCUAUCGGUGGCACAAAAUUUGUAGUGCACUGUUAAACGCAACGCAAACAAUUGUAUACAAUAUCUUCAUACCAACGAUCCUAACGUUACAGAGAACCGUCGGCAUUAUUUGUAUCCAAUAAUAAUUAUUGGUUUAUUCAUUUCACUAUUCGUCUUUAAGCCUUCGAGACUUGGUCGUUAUAGUGAGAAAGUUGUUUCAAAAUUGCCUCUUCCAUUAAGAAUGGAGCUUUUCAUUAAAUUUUCAUUCUUUUCGUUUGAACGAACAAGAGACUUUGAUCAUAAUCUGAAAUGAAUUUCUGUGAACAAUAUUAUGUUUGUUAAGAUUUCGUUGAAGCAGGUCGAAAUGGACACACAAACGAAGAAAACCGCAUUUAUCAUAAUUAUUAAUAUUAUUAUAAUAAUAAACUACAGUAUGCUCUAAAUGUAUUAUCAUUGUUGUUGUUGUUGUUGUUGUUAUCGUUGUUGUAAUCAUUGUUGUAAUCGUUUUUUAUGUGUCUAAUUUAUUCUUUUCACCUGUUGUCUUUGUCUCACCAUUUAUACCUGGAGAAAUAAUAUUAAUAUGGUCUUUUUCUUCUGUUACAGUUGUGUGAAUGUGUAUGACUGUGACGUGUAAAUGUUGUCCUUAUGGCGUGUCUGGUGAAAAGUUCCAGCCACGAAGUGCUGUUCCAUACGGCACCAGUAGAAUAGUAGACCUAGUUAGCCCUUAAUUAUCUACUAACUGAAUUCUGCGACUCGCCGACAAAAUUCUAAAAGGGACUUGAAUCAGCCAUGGGGAAGCAGAACAGCAAGCUGAAGCCAGAAGUGUUGGAGGAUCUCAAACAGAAUACGGAAUUCUCGGAUGCUGAAAUUCAAGAAUGGUACAAAGGCUUCUUAAAGGACUGCCCGAGCGGACACCUCAGCGUGGAAGAAUUCAAGAAGAUAUACGGAAACUUCUUUCCUUAUGGUGAUGCUUCCAAGUUUGCAGAACACGUGUUCAGAACAUUCGACGCGAACGGCGAUGGAACGAUCGACUUUCGAGAAUUUCUAUGCGCCCUCAGCGUAACGUCCCGUGGCAAAUUGGAACAGAAAUUAAAGUGGGCCUUCAGCAUGUACGAUCUGGAUGGUAACGGAUACAUUUCGCGGCAAGAAAUGUUGGAAAUUGUCACGGCAAUUUACAAAAUGGUCGGUUCGGUGAUGAAAAUGCCCGAGGACGAGUCAACCCCCGAAAAGAGAACCGACAAGAUAUUCCGUCAGAUGGAUAAAAAUAAGGAUGGGAAAUUGUCGCUCGACGAGUUUAUAGAGGGUGCGAAAAGCGACCCGUCUAUUGUGCGACUGUUGCAGUGCGAUCCAAGUGCACAAGCUCAGUGAGACCCUGGGCUAUUACGCAAGUAUUACCGUAUCAUCUACAUACCUGAUUCGGGAACCGGUCUGAUCAUUGUUCCGCCAGCUAACGAUACGCUGAUAAAGAAACGUCCAUUUAAAAAGCUCACUAGAAAACUUAUUAAAACCCUAGUUGGUAUCGUUAAUUUUCUUCGAUUUUAGUGAUCCUUUUUUUCAAUAUUUAUUUGAAUGAAAAAUAUAGUUGAAGUUUUGAUAGGUUUUCGAGGGAGUAUAUCUUUAUGAACGUAAUCGUUAUUCUAAAGUGACAGAAAUAAAGGGGCAUUUGUAAAUUGGACCGGUACCCAAAACAGUCCAGGGUCUCUGGGCCCAUGGCGCUUGCACAUACCGCAAGCUAGUCUCCAAGACUAGUCCAGUCGCUCCGUGUCAUAAACGGAUCGGUUUUAAGAAGAGAAGCGUAGUUUGUUUUUGAUUAUGCCAGUCCCUCUGUGCUGUGUAUUACGAGUGACCUGAGAAAUUCUUCUGAUAUCGAGCGCUUACUUCGACGCUAUAAGUGAUAUUUAUAAUUAAAAUUAUCAUUAUAUAUUCGGAAUUUUGUAAAGAGUCCCAAAAUUCAGCUUCGAUGGUGUUUGUGAUAAAUGUAUUAGGUCUUCGGUGUACGCAGUCCAAAGGGGAAAUUAAUUUUUUUUAACUGUUCACAGGGGCAUAUUUCAUAUUAUACACACACAAUACUCUUCAUUCUGUUUAUGAUUUCUCAGUACAUGCCGUCACGAAUCUAUUAAUUACGAAAAAGACUUAUUUGUGAGGUAUUUUAUUAUUAUACUGAUAACAAAUCUACGAGCUACAAAGGUUAUUGGAAAAAUAAUAAUAACAAUUGUAUACACAAAUUGUUUUUUAUUGAUAUUUAUAUAUUAUUGGGUGUACAAAUUAAUUUGGUACAUUAUUAUUGCUUCAUUUAUCAAUAGGAUCUUAAAUGCAUAAAAGCGCAGGAAAAUAUGUGAAUUUAAAAUCCUAAUUAAUAGAAGACACCUUAUUAAUUUGUAUACCUAGAAUAAAAGUCAACCAUCUUUUCAUUAAAAAAAGGAUAAAAUCUCAACCUGUCCUAAUUAUCAAACUCAUUGACACUUUCAGUUGCUUUUCAAGGUACGGUGAUAUCACAGAAGUAUAAGAAUAAAAUAAAUGACAUCUUUGUCUAAUCAUGUAUGCGCAUUAACGUGGUAAAUAUUUUUUUUUAUAUUUCAUUUUAAAAAUCGCGAUUGUUAGACUUUUAUAUAAUUAUAGUACAGUUUCUUGAAAAUUUCAAAUUUUAUGCGCAACGCCGCCAAGUAUCUGCGCAUGCGCGGUUAGACAAGGACACCCGGAGCCUUUAUAUAGCACUCUCUUCCGAGCGUGCGGUUCAGUCUUGUAUCUCUGCGGUUAGGGGAGGGAUGUUUCGACGAAAAGAUUAUCACUCGCGCGCAUGAAUUCUUAUUGUUAGAGAUUUAUUUUUGCGAAUGCCACGUGUACAUGUGUGAAUAUGCUAUGUGUGCGAUUAAAUAUUUUUAUGUAAAUUCGCGGGUACGCUUACGAACCAGGAAAGAAAUUACACGUAGAAAAGGAACCAGCACAAUACAUGAAAUUUCCCGACAGUUGUGCGAUUAGGAUUGUACGUUUGUAUACGCGACAUUUUAUUUUAUUACUUUAGCUAUAAAAACGCAAUGUCGUAUGUGUAAUUUGUGCCGGUUUUUUAUCGCUCAUAAUUUAUUCUAAAUUAAAUAACAUAAUCAUCGUAAGCAAAGUAUAUGUUUCAAAAAAUAUGCCCAAAAAAAAAAAAAUGUAUAUAGAUGUCAACUUGUAGUAGAGAUGGCUAACAAAGUUGGCGGGAUUUUUAAAUUUGUUUAUAUAUUCUUUAUUUUCUUGUCUUUCACCCAUAAGCUUCCCGUUUUUGUAAUCGAUACACAUUAUUUCCUUUCAAAUUAUUCUCGUUCCAUUGAUUAUUCAAAAACAACUACGCAACAAUUAAACAAGCGAAGAGCAUGCACCGUGAUCUUGCGCUUAAUUAAAUACACAGGCAGUAUUGUGUUUUACAGAAGGACAACGUAUUAUGAAGAUACAAAUAUGUAUGUAUAACCGACAUAUAUGUAUAUUUGUAUCUAUAUGUAUAUCUACUAUACUUUUUAAGAUGUACAUUCAUUCACAUUGUGCUCAUUAAUAAUUAAGGUUAAAGACUAUAUACAAUGGCCGCUCGUUAAAGUAGCCGCGACAUAAGUAGCCGUUAGGAAUGCCCAUCGCUCAUACGCAUUAGCCGUACAUGCGCGCACACCCUAAUCUGUCGUUACUAAGUUAGGGAAUGAAAAAUUCAUGUAUAUGUAUAUAUAGUAUUAAACAUGGGGUGUUUACCUAGGAAAUAUGGUGUUGUAGGAAAAUAAGGCCCUAUUGCCCAUUAUUAAUACUUCCACAAAACUCAAACUUUAAAUUUUCAAAAAUUAAUUUUGAACGUUUGAAAUGUUAUAAUUCUAGAAUUAAAUUUUAGAAAUUCCAGAAAAUAAUCAUAAUAAUAUAAAUAUUAAAUAAAAUUUUCCCUGAUAAACAUGUACAUUCAGAUAAGGCCUUUUCCUCCUGGAGCACCGCAUUCCGUAUGGAGACCUCCAUUCUUAAUACUGUACAAUGCCACGUUUAUUAUACGAAUAGCCCAACCACAUGUGGCUACAACAAGAAAGCAAGCACUUGAUUGGAGGGUAUAGCGCGCGUGUAAUUGGCCGCUCGAUAAUUAACCGAUUGAAAAAGUACGCCUCUAGAACCCUCUAGCGCGGCUACUUAUCGAGCGGCCACUGUAGUUAUAUCUUUUAUUCGUAUAAUUACUGUAUAAAUUAAAUAACCUCAUUAAAGUUAAUAUAUAAGAUUCUAAAAUAAAUAUUGAAUUUUUCUGGCUAUUUGACGAUGAAACAAAAUAUUAGUAACGAUAAACAAUACGACGACUUUGCCUUCUGAAGUAUACAAAAAAGAGAAGGGAAAAAAAAAAUGAAAAAUUCUAUUUAGAUAACGUAGGAUUGAUAUUUUACAUUCGAUGCUAGCUGAGUCAAAAUGUAAUUAUUGUAUCUUAAAAAUCAGGAAGCAAUAAGCAAGAGUAAAUUAGCACGAUCUUAAAGGAAAGAAUCGUUAACGUCGUGUAAAUUUGUAUAAUUUCACAAUCGCCCCAGUAUUUAACAAUUUUCUAACAGUUUUUUUAUGAAGGGAUAUUAAGUCGUGUCAAUUCGUCAAAACACGAGUAGUAGUAGUCAGUUGAUACAUACGAUUAAUGAUAAACAAAAAAAAAAGAGAAAAAACAUUUUAUGAAGAGAAUGAAAAAAGAUUUUGCAAAUCUUUUUUUUUUUUAAUGUCCUUGUCUUCGUUCAAGAAAAAGCAAUUUUAUAUAUUGUAAUAAUUUUAAUCAAAAUAGAAUACGAUAAAGCAACAUUGGAUUGUGUGUUGUUAAUAGAUAUUUAGUUUAAAUGAUAUUUUGUUAGUUAAGGUCCAGUAUUAGCAGAAAUUUGAAAUAUAACAUUUCAUUUGCGUAAUAUUUAUUGAACUUUUCAAAAAUAUUUAGAAAAUAGAAGAACUACAAUAACAAAUAUAUGCACAAAAUAUAUUAUAUGUAAAUAUAUUAUAUUAUGUUGUAGAUAUACGAAUUUAUAGAAAGAGAGAUGCAGCCAAAAUAGUCGUUACGAUACUAACACUUUCUAAUAUUCAAAUCUAUUAUUCUGCUGCAAAUAACGUUCACUAACUCUGCAGAGAUUAUGCUUCCUAUUCAUUAGCGUAAUUGAAUAGGGGAUAGAAUGAAUUUACGCGACACCUCAAAAAAACGUAUGUAGACUGACCACAUUAUUCUAAAAUUCCAAGAUAUUUUUGAGAUUCUACAAAUCAAAAUUACAGAAUUUAAGAAUUCAAAAAUUUCAAUAUUUCGGAAUCGCGCAGUUUUCAAAUUCGAAAAUUCAAUUAAUUCCGAACCCACAAUUCAAAGCUUCCAGAACUAAAAAAUUGGUAGAAUAUGAAAAUUUCAGAAUUAAAAAAUUUUCAAGUAACCUGGCUCACUCUAGAAAGAAAUCUUAGUUGCGCCAAUGUUCCUAUCCUGUCUAUUAUAUAUCAGGAAUUUCACUUUCUUAAACUAUUAAAAAACUUUUCUGAAUUUCCAGUUUAUAAAUCAUUUCAUGUAUAAAUUUAUUUAAAUUUCAGUAGUUUGGAAAUUUGAUUUCUCAAAUUCUUUCACUACAAAUACUUAGAAAAUACUGGAAUAUCUAUUAUAGCAUAUGUCAAUUAAAAGCUCACACUAAACAGCGAGUAAUAGCAAUUAGGUACCGGAAAAGUUCGUGUGGUUAUUCUGUUAAAUUUAUUAAUCUAUAUUAAUUAAUCUAAAAAUUUCAAAAGUGCAGAAUUCAAAUAUUAAUUUAUUCCAAAGUUAACAUUGCAAUCUCCAUAAUUUUUUGCAUUAGAAUUUUUAUAUUAAUGGAAUGUACUGUGAAAAAUAUUGGGGAAGAGUUAGAAAAAUAAAUGAUCAGUUUAUUAAAUGCAAAUAUUGUUCGAGAGAGUUCAGGUCACUUGAAUUUCGUACUAUAAAUCCGCACGAAUUUUUUCCGAUAUCUAAUAAAUGAAUUUAAAAUUAUUGCUCGAAGGUAGAAUAAUACCUUCCAAAUGGUAGUAGUUAGUAAUGAAAACAUAUACUAUCAUUUACUGCUCGUGUUUGUCGUGAUAUUUCUUUCUAAAUUAGAAUCUAUCUAUUUCAUUUUUACUAGUAAUACUUAAGUAAUGAAACGAAAAUUAAAAAAUUUUCCAAGCAUGAUGCAGUAAUCUUAAUAGUUAGCAUUAAAAAUACUCAGCAUUUUUCUUUCUAAAUAAUUCUAGUUCAAGUUAACACUUGUUGCACAUUGAAAUUUAUAUCUAUGCUGUAUUAUAAUUUUUGCCUAAAACUCUAAUUAGAAAUUCUUCCCUAACUUAGAGUAUUAUAAUGAUAUAACAGAUUACUAAUAUUUCUUGUAUCAAGAGUUUGUCACGAAAAAUCUAGCGCUGUUUCUGGCUUUAUCGAUGACUUAUGCUUUCAAGAUUUUCAACUUCUAUUUAUUAUAUGUAUAAAUCUUCCAAUUCCUCUUUCACUAAUAGUUAGCAGAGUCGUAUAGUUUCAAAAAUAACAAUUUUUUGAUCAGCCAAAUACAUUUAUAAUAUACUUUAUUUUUUUUCUCGGGAUUAUAAAGAGGAGAGGGUAACUGUAUACAAACUUAAAAAUAAUUAUGUAAGUAAUUUUAUCAUAGAAAUUUUUAUUACUUUCCCAAAACAUAAAAGCAAAAAGUUUUAGCAUACUUUUUAUAGAACCCAAAACGAAACUAAUUACCAAACUAUGCGACUCAGAAUUAAACAAAUAUGAAAGUUAACAACUAAAAUCUUUAACGUGUAUACUACGAAAAUUGUUGUAAUCCUUUACCGGUGUUUCUCUCGUAAUUCUAUUAUGUGCACAAAUUAAUUCUGUGUCUUAUCUUUAUUAAUUGGACAUUUAUUUUUUUUAAAUCGUAGUAACUUCAAAUAUUAAAAUAUUCGCGCGCCACUUUUCAAAUCCACAGAAGCGCGCCACUUUUCAAAUUCUCAGAAGCGCGCCGCUUUUCAAAUCCAGAGAAACGCGGAAAAUUUAAAAUAGUAAUGUUAAAGACACACAAUUAACUUGUACACCUAAUAAAACUGCAAAAUGUUAUUCUCCAGCUUUUGUCAUGAAAUUCUUUGUGAUUGUUUCUAUCUCUUGAUGUCUUAAAAAUGGUUACCUGUCAUUGAUUAUUAUUAUUAUUAAGCAUUUGAAUGUUUCUUCUGCCACUCUACACCAAGAAAUUCUUCUGUAUUAUAUAAGGAUAAUUUAUUACUAAUUCUACAUGUAUUAUCGGUGCUAAGUGUGUAUGUGAAGUACAAUGCGUGUACUGUUGAUAAUGCGUUUAAUCAUAAUUAAUAAAAUCAUUUUGUGCAACUUUUGCAUUACCACUUCUGCAUCCAGACUUUUUCAGAUCAUUUUACGAUAAACGAAAUCAAAAUGUUACGUUGAAAAUAAUUGAAAUGAAUGUUUGAUUAAGGAUAUCGAAGUGGUUUAUGUGGAAGAAUUUUAUAUCGUAUUACCUUUAAUCGUAGUUAAUGGUUCAUUAGUUUACUUAGGAUACAAGUUAAUUUGUUAUUAAAUACAACAUAAUGUAACAUAAUAUAAAAUACUAAUGUCGUACAAAAGGAAGGAAUUUAAAAUCAAAGUGUAACACAUUUUAUUAAGUUAUUAUUGAGAAUAGAACACCGGUAAAAUAAUAAUUGCGUACAAUGUUGGUUAUAAGAUAUAAAAUAUUAAGGUUGGUGUAAUUGGGGAGGGAACAGGGUGGGCCUGGUCCUUUCUAAAAUUCGACUGAUCCCUUUACCGAUUUAAAAUUCCCAGAUUCUAAAAUCCACUUAUAAAAUGUUACCUUAAUAGAAAUAAAUAUUUCGCCUCAAAUACAAUGUGUUCUGCAAUUAAAAACAAAACAUAAUAAUAUCCUCGCCACGUGAAAUUAUGUAUAAACGAAACAAUUUUAAAAUCAAGUUAAAACCAAACCGUAUUAAACAUUUGCUACUAUUGGUAAAAUUAAAGGACCUGGCCCAGCCUUUACGAAAAUCCUAGUUGCGCCAAUGAAUAUUAAUUUGCUUUACGCCUUACGAUUAAUAGUUAUUAAUAGUUGUUUAUUGAAGAUAAGAACGAAACCACUUGUGUAUCAGCUAAUUGCUACAUUAAAGUGUUGAUAUUAUACUCGUU